AUGGGGAAGAAGCUUGAUGCUCUAUUGGGAAGAAGAAACAAGGGUCGCAAGAUUAAGCCCACCAUAAACCUCGGUAUUUCGAGGCUUUGUGUCUUGAAAAACCAGCGCGAAGCACGGCUUAACAUUGCCCGUUCUGAUGUUCUUCAGCUCUUAAACCUCGGCCAGCAUGAAAGAGCUCUUCUUCGGGUUGAACAAGUGAUCAAGGAGCAGAACAUGCUGGAUGCGUAUGUUAUGAUAGAAAGCUAUCUUCAUCAGUUGAUUGAAAGGAUCAACCUCAUUGACGGUCAAAAAACUUGUCCAGAGGAACUUACUGAGGCGGCAUCGAGCUUGAUCUAUGCGGCUACAAGAUGCGGGGACUUCCCCGAACUUCAAGAAAUUCGAACAUUUCUAACCUCUUGUUUUGGGAAGGAAUUUGCUGCGCGAGCAGCUGAGUUGAGAAAUAAUUGUGGAGUUAACUACAAGAUGAUUCAGAAACUAUCUACCAGGAUGCCUAACUUGGAUAGCAGAAUGAAGGUGCUCAAAGGAAUUGCCUCAGAGAACAGCAUCAUUCUGGAACUUGAAGAUGUGGAGUUAGAGAGAACUGAGGAGCCAAGACGGACUGAUUCAGGACUAGAUCAGCCUACACAGAGAACACCAAGUCACUCCAUAGACGCAGAAAGACUUGAGGAAUUCACCGAGUCAGUGAGGCUGAGGACCGAGUACAAGGAUGUAGCUGCUGCUGCACAAGCAGCAUUCGAAUCAGCAGCUUAUGCAGCCGCUGCUGCAAGAGCAGCUGUACAGCUUUCACGAUCUGACUCGCAAGAUCCUCAUAAUCCAAAAGGUCCAAAGCUACAGCCUGCAGUCUAUUCCCCGAAUGAUGCAGCUAAAUCCAAUUCCCAAAGUGAUUUAAGGGAUUUCGAGGAACAUAAUGCUAGAACAAGGUCUGAAAAAAUCCAAUCAAAGGAGAAAGAUGCUUCUAAAUUUGAAGGGAUGGUCAAAGCAGAACAAUUCAAGGGAGGCAAGGAUGAAGGGAACUUAAGAGGUCCUUAUCCAGUUCCAGCGCAGAAUCAUUUGAAAACACUUGAUGAUGAGGCACAUGGCAUGAGGAGCGUAAGUCUGCGAAUAAACCGUAAUUUUGAUGGAGAAACUACACAAAGAUUGCAACACAGGAGGGAUGUUUUGGAUUCCAAAACUCCAGAUCCCUUGGAAGGAACUGCCUCUGAAGAAAGCUACAGAAAAUCUUACUCUCCAUCUCAUGAGCAAGUCGCUUCAGGUCCUCCAGCGAGAUUCAAGAUGGAACAGGUGCCAAAGAAGUUGACGACCGGAGUGGUGGGGGACUUGAAGGUGGAGAAGAGGCCUAUUUCUGUCAGGACUAGAAGGACAUAUGGCAGGUGA